UUAGCAGGUCGUCUGUUUGAUUGGAAAGGAGAUGGGCAGCAACCACUAUGGCGAGCUGUACUUGGGAAACGGAAGAUCGGGGUCAUCAAGGAGGGGAAAGAAAAGCAAUACAGACAAGCAAAAGCAGCCCCAGAGAGGUCUUGGGGUGGCUCAGUUGGAAAAGAUCAGAUUAUACAAUCAAAUGAUGGCUGGCUAUCACCCCUCACUUCACCCCCCAUUUCAAAGCAAUCUAAACGAGCAGGAGGAUGCAAGACACAUGGGAUUUCCAUCAUCUCCUCAUGCUUCUUCAAUUGCCACCACGUCUUCACUCUUCGGUUUCCAUCCCAACACCAUGAUGGGAUUAGGAGGCACUGACAGAACAGAUAUUAAAUUUGGUGAUCACUAUUCCGAUGCAACAUCAAGCAGCAAUUACAUGAUGCCGCCCCAUCAUCUUGUUCCACCAGCUGUGACGCUACCGCUUUUGGCACAAACAAUGGAGGACUCGGUGCAAAAGAAGAUGCAACACGAUCGAUGUCAUUCAAUGGGUUCAAUCAGUCAGAACUCUGAUUCAAGUGACUCAAAAGAGCUAGAUUUGGAGCUUAAAUUAUCGCUGUGAGUGAUUCCAAGAGGUUCUGAGGUUGCAUGGUUUUGAAAUCAGUAAGUUAUAAAUCAAUCUGGUGUAUGUUAAACGUUCAGAGUCUGGUAUAUAUUUUGAUGAAGAAUUGUAUAUGUAAGAGAGCUCCCAAAACAUGGAAGGGUGAUUACACUUCCAACUCUUUGAUCACAGAAAGAAUGCUUCUAGUGUCAUUAAUAA